UCGUGCAUACAAUGCUGGGCAGAUAAUUCCUCCACUGUUGGAGAUCUUGGUAAUGCAUUUGUCCUCCUCUCCAAUGCUGGCAUGAUGAACGCUUCUAUCUCAUAGCAUGCAGCGUCCGACACAGAGCCAAACCUUAUGAGCAUGGUUUCUAGUAUGAGGUCCUGCAGCAUGAUAACCAUGAAGACGGACCAUCAUGAAGAAUCUGCUUUCUUUCUAUGUCUAAAGUUGCCAAGUUUAUAGCCCUGUUGAUCCAUUGAAAAUCUUUUCGGAGGUCAGUUAGCUGCAUAAAACUUUAUCUUCAGGAUUGUAAACGUCCAUAAAAUGGAUCUCAAAUCAAAAUUUUUCAUCGUGAAGGCUAGAUCUGAAGGUCUUUCCACUGGCAAAGAACAUCGACAGACCAAAUUUUUAAUUUUUAAAAAAUUGUUCAUUUCCCUACAAAUUUAUCCAAAUAAAACUUUGCCUUUGACCAUGAAAAACUCAUCCUUCCAGUUUGUUUGGCUGAAAAAUGUUUUUCUCGCCCUCUCCACCUGGCCGCAUCUUCUGCCGUGCCGCUGCCGGAAAUUUCCCAACUUUUCCCCUCCCGAAGAACUUCACCGUAAUCCGUCGGUUGUUCUCCAAUCCCCUGCCGCCGCCUCCGGGGUUUCCGUCGACGGCGUCCAGAACUCCACCUUCUCUGCCUCUCCUCCAUUCUUGGAAUCGCCGUUGCAUCACUUGUUCCGGCAGACCCUAGAAUUCCCGAGAUGGCGAUCAGGAUCACGGCUGUUUAUCCGGGCUACAUCGCACAAUCGCUUGCAAUUGGAAUCAGGUGCGGCAACUGUAGGCUUUUCCAGGACUGCUGCUGGUUGCGAGUUUUCCACUCUAUAAACAUAGUGCCGAUCUCGAUCAGUUGCCGAUCAAUUAUUCCACCGCUGAUAGUACCUACCGAGUAAAGGCGCAUCGGAGUUACGGGUCCCUCGCUGGAAAAUCUUCUCCCAGAGAAAUGUAGAGCUCCUGUUUUGGCUGGGUUGGCCUCCGCCAUGAAGAUCUCCGGGGCUUCUUGCUCGGGAUCGGCUGGGAUGGGCGUGUUCGGGGGUAUCGUCGGGGUUGAAUUCGGCCUCGAUCAUUCCGUUCUUCCAGAGCUCGAAGCGGCUUCCCUGCAACGAAUUCUUUCAGGGUUCUGAGCGGACGAUAUGCGUAAAACAGAGAGUGGUAUUGCUAAAGAAGAUAGUGGGGUCUUGGCGGAGAAAUCGGAGUCGAUGAACAAGUUGGCCGAACUUCGGGAGAGCCGGAGUCGGCGUGGUUGGCUCCCUCAGUGGCUCAGCUUAACUCAGAUGAUGCAAAGAAGCUCUUCACAACAGUGACUGUUUCGCUUCUGUUCAAGUAAUGUAUGAACUGAUAUUACUGCCUCGCCUUUCUUCUUCUCUGUUGCCGAAAAUUCUGCCAGGCCACGAAGUGUAGGAGUGCACAAGAUAGAUUUUAAUGGUGGACCACCAAUUUUCUAGACAAGCCAAUGUAUUGACCACAUUUUUUCAGCAGCGUUGAAGCUGUUAUCCCAUGUCCAAACUCCCUGUUGUCCCUCAUCCUUGACUUACUGACAAAGAUGAGUCCAUAGGCAGCCUUUUUCGUGUUUUCAGCUAUUCAUAUGAAGAUCUCUUCUCUGCAUCCAGAGGAUCAGAUCUAGCCCUGCCUAGGGAUUGCGUGGAAGCGUUAUAUCAGGUAAAAACACCCGAAGAUUAAUUAGACCAACGGAAACAAGGUUCCAUCACCCACGACCUCCUCUUAAGCAGGCGAGAAGUAUAAAGGUGUAGAUCGCACCAGCUGCAUGCAGUGCCUACUCAACUCUGAUGAAUUAAUUUCCUUAUGCAAGAAUUACAAGAAUAAAUCAGGAGCCACAACUGUUGUAGAGUGGUCGAAGCCUAUGGUUUAUUCAGGUUUUUGUUACUUUUACUCGUUUAAUAAUUUGAUCAAAUGGCUGUGAUUGAGAUCCUAAUUCGAUCCUUGUAAGCGUUAUUUGUGUAUCUUGGGUAUGGUGGGUGAAUUACUAUCAUUGUUAAUAUUGAUAGAACCAAAGAGUCUAGAGGUAAAAAAAAUUUUGGGGGAAGGGCUUCAAACCUCUUUUUUCUAGCAGUGAAUUGUUAACCUGAUUUUCACCCAAAAUGACUAUGAUCAAAACCAUUUAUCUAGUAAAUGUGUUGUUAUCCAUCGAAUUUGUAGAUAGAGCGGCUUUCUGGAGUUGGUCAUUUACCAUUUUCAACAUUAGAAAGUCUUUUGUCGCUUUUGUAGAUAUAAUGGUCUUCUUGUUCUUAUUAUUUCUCUCUCUCUCUAUCUCGCCGCGGUUGAGUCUCGGGUUCACCUCUUUACUUCUUGUCCUUUCUUCUAUAGUGUUCUUACCUCUGCAUGGUCUUCCUUCGUUAACAACCUCUCAAACCCACCAUCCAUUCGCCUUUUUUUUCUCUUUUGUCCUUCUUCUCACCUGUCUUUUACCUGGGGUCGUGUUUGGAAGUUGUGGCUCAUUUCUUCUUGAUGGCGCAUUUGAGAAGAGCGCAGCAACAGGGUAUUGAGAGACACAUUCUCAUCGUCGGAGUCUGUGGCACUCCUUGUGCAGGGAGAUGUUCACUUUGUUAUUCGGCUACGGCACCGUCCUUCGUCUACUGCUGGGUGACUCUGCUAUUCCGUUUGUCCACUCUCUCCACCUCUCUUAUUACGUUUUAUUGUGAUAUUAACUUGUAUAUUCUCUUAUUAUAUUUCGUUUCUACGGUUUGCUUAUGUAGUUAAGGAACUUUUUGUCCUCAAAUUUUGCUAUAUAUUUUCAUUUUAUCGGCUCCCUCUCUCUUUGUUUUAUUGAAUUUAACAUAUCUACUUUGUUGGCUAUUUAAUAGUUACCGGAUUUGCGUCCAUCUUUGCGUCCAUCUUUGCAUUUCAGAUUUGCAUUUCAGAUUGAGUUCUGAAGUUGCAGUGUGGAUCCGGUCUGCAACAAUGUUCUUGAAUACCUUUGCCCCAGACACAGCCAGUAAGGUAAAAGUAAAACCGGGGCACGUGUUCAAAACAAUAUCCUUUGAACCAGUGGAGGCUGCCUUCAACUAUAAAUGCAAAUUGUGAAACUUCAGUAAAUUUUGGACGAAAAAAUUUGUCUUCUUCAGUUAUAUUUUAUAUUAGUCAUGUUAGCUAGUAAUGCUAGCCAAGUGGAAACAGCAACGAAAAAAACGAACGUUAUAAUUUUUAUUGAAAACCACAUAUGUUUAUCCGUGGCGUGUGGGCGAGAUGCGAGCAGGUAAUAAUGCUCUCAUGUUUAGAUCUCUGUUUGCGACGGACCUCGGACAGACUUGCCAAACUUUGUCCAACCGUAUGCCCACGCACACACACAGAGAGAGAGAGAGAGAGAGAGAGAGAUGGGUGUGGAACUGGAGUUGGACUCUGCAUUCUUGCAGGGGGAAGAGCACAGGCCGAACCGGCGGGCGAACGGCGUGCACCAGGCGGCCGAUGACAUCCCCGUCAUAGACCUCUCCCCCCAUCACCCUUUCCACGACUCGUUGGUGGAGAGGGUGGGCAGGGCCUGCGAGGAGUGGGGAUUCUUCCAGGUCGUCAACCACGGCGUCCCCCUGGAGGUCCGGCAGAAGGCAGAGGCCGCCUCCGCAGGGUUCUUCCGGCUCCCGCCCGAGGAGAAGCAGCUGGUGCGAAGGGACGAGGCGAACCCGCUGGGCUACUACGAGGCCGAGCACACCAAGAACGUCAGGGAUUGGAAGGAGGUGUUCGACUUCGUCGUCCGCGAACCCACCCUCCUCCCUUCCUCCCACCUCGACGGCGACCAUGGCUUGCAGUCCCUCAGCAGCCAAUGGCCCCGACAGCCACCUGGAUUCAGGGAAGCCUGCGAGGAGUAUGGCCAAGAAAUGGAAAAGUUGGCAUUCAAGCUUCUGGAGUUAAUGUCGCUGAGCUUGGGCUUACCUGCAACCCGCUUAAACAGCUACUUCCAAGAACAGACCUCUUUCAUCCGAUUCAAUCACUAUCCUCCCUGCCCAACUCCCGACCAUGCUCUCGGCGUCGGCCGCCACAAGGACUCCGGCGCCCUUACCAUCCUAGCUCAAGACGAUGUUGGGGGUCUCCAAGUUAAAAGAAAGACAGAUGGGGAGUGGGUCGGUGUGAAGCCUGUGCCGGAUUCUUACAUCAUUAAUGUUGGGGAUAUAGUUCAGGUGUGGAGCAAUGACAAAUAUGAGAGCGUGGAGCACAGGGUCGUGGUGAACUCAGAGAGGGAGAGGUUUUCUAUCCCUUUCUUUUUCAACCCUGCCCACUAUGUGACAGUGAAGCCAUUGGAGGAGAUGGUGAAUAAGCAGAACCCUCCUAAAUACAAAGAGUACAACUGGGGCAAGUUUUUCAAGACCAGGAAGCUGAGCGAUUUCAAGAAAUUGGAUGUUGAAAACAUUCAAGUAUAUCACUUUAAGCUAGGUUAAAGAACAUACUGUUGUGUGAUGGAUUUGUGGAGUGGUAGAACAACUUGGACCAUACCAGUUUGACCUGAAUAAGUUGCGUUAGUCUGUGAAAAAAUAUAGCUAAGAUCUGCUCCUAAUAUUGAAGGUCUCCUGGACUUUUUCCCUUGCUUUUUUGGAUCAUUUGUGGAAUCUUGUUUCUUCAUUAUAAUAUCUUAUGUUUUGAAUAUUACACUUGGUUGAUGUUUUUGUAUGGUUUAAGUUAGUAAAUAAAGCAUGUUUUUCAUGUGCCUA